ACGCAGGGGUGCGUGGGGCCCGGCCCUGCCUGUUCCCAGGAGAGGUCCAGGGCGUGUGGGCCACCCAGGCCAUCACGAGCCCCCACGACCCCUUGUCCAGCGGGGCGCCCGCCCCCAUAGGGGGCGUCACUUACUCCAUGAUCACCAUCGCCCACACCGCCGUCCACGGCUGGGGGGACUGUCUGCAUCGCCACAAGCGACAUUACGUCCUCGCACAGGGGCAAUGUCACCGCUGCUUGCACCUGCUAGUGGUGUCACCUAAUGUGGUGGUGGUAACCACAAGACGAGGUGGUAGGUGCUACCAUACGGUGCAGGAGGCACGUGACUCGUGCCCUGAGGUACUCAACCACCAGCACCACGAGUACCUGCAACAAGAUGGCGACCACAACCACCACCACAACCCAACCAGCAACCGGCGACACGGCGAGCAGUUGUCGGACGAGGAACUACGCGCCGAACUCGAGGCUGUGCGCCUGGAGUACGAACAACAGAUGCUGUACAAAGUGAAGUCGUCGUGGGGCGAUGAGUCCAUCGCGGAGGUCGAGUGCCCCAUCAGCGGCGUCUUCACCUUCACCUACGAGCGGGGCAAGCCCACAGUGGGGCACGGGUUUGAUGACCCCCACGACCCCCACGGGAGGGACGGCGGGGGGGUUUUGUGCCCCCGCCCCACCUCUGAGAUGAGCAACUGCCCGUACGGCUUCGGCCUCAACGUCCACUACCGGGACUGUGCCUACGGCCAGCCUGACCAGUUGGCCCUGCAGUGUCUGGGGGGCUGGCGGGGGGCGGGGGGGCAGCACUACAUGGCUGUGCUGGACACCUCCGUGGGGGGCGCCGACCCCGGCCCCCGCUACCGCUGCGCUAUGUACAGAGAAGAAACGAGCACCGGACGCAUACACCUCGCGUUCAGCAGCGACUCUAC